CGUGAACCGGAUGCUCCGUCAGUUUCCUCCUCCGCGUCUGCGGCCGCAGCACUGCUCCCCGGCGAAGCCGCAGCCACCCACGAGGGCACAGGCAGGGCGCUCCGCACGGCUGGUCUGGCAGGUGUAGGGCGCCGUUAGGAGCUGGGCGCGCACGGUUACCGAGCGUGGAGGAGACACUGCCCUGCGGCGAUGGGUGCCAGGGGCGCUCCUUCACGCCGGAGGCAGGCGGGGCGGCGGCUGCGGUACCUGCCCACCGGGAGCUUUCCCUUUCUUCUCCUCCUGCUGCUCCUGUGCAUCCAGCUCGGGGGAGGACAGAAGAAAAAGGAGAAUCUUUUAGCUGAAAAGGUAGAGCAGCUGAUGGAGUGGAGUUCCAGGCGCUCAAUCUUCCGAAUGAAUGGCGAUAAGUUCCGGAAAUUUAUAAAGGCGCCGCCUCGAAACUAUUCUAUGAUCGUCAUGUUCACGGCCCUUCAGCCCCAGCGGCAGUGUUCAGUGUGCAGGCAAGCCAAUGAAGAAUAUCAAAUCCUGGCUAACUCCUGGCGCUAUUCGUCUGCCUUUUGCAACAAACUCUUCUUCAGCAUGGUGGACUAUGAUGAGGGGACCGAUGUUUUUCAACAGCUGAACAUGAACUCCGCUCCCACGUUCAUGCACUUUCCUCCCAAAGGCAGACCUAAGCGAGCUGACACUUUUGACCUGCAGAGAAUCGGAUUUGCUGCUGAACAGCUAGCGAAGUGGAUUGCUGACAGGACGGAUGUUCAUAUUCGCGUGUUCAGACCACCCAACUACUCCGGCACCAUUGCCUUGGCCCUGUUAGUGUCCCUCGUUGGUGGUUUGCUCUAUUUAAGAAGGAACAACUUGGAGUUCAUCUACAACAAGACUGGUUGGGCCAUGGUAUCACUGUGCAUAGUCUUUGCUAUGACUUCUGGUCAGAUGUGGAAUCAUAUCCGUGGACCUCCGUACGCUCAUAAGAACCCGCACAAUGGACAAGUGAGCUACAUCCACGGGAGCAGCCAGGCUCAGUUCGUGGCCGAGUCGCACAUCAUCCUGGUGCUGAAUGCCGCCAUCACCAUGGGGAUGGUUCUUCUAAACGAAGCAGCAACAUCCAAAGGAGAUGUUGGAAAAAGACGGAUAAUUUGCCUCGUGGGAUUGGGCCUGGUGGUGUUCUUCUUCAGUUUUCUACUGUCGAUAUUUCGUUCCAAGUACCACGGCUAUCCUUACAGCUUUUUAAUUAAAUGAAGCCAAUGGGAUUUCCAUGCAGUGAAAGUUUACCAUGAAGAUAAAGUGUCCGUGACAUACUAUGAAUUCUUCAGUUCAUUCCCAUGUAGAUUGUGAUAUUCUAGCUUAUUCUUGUAUAAUUUUUUAAAUGUGAGAUUUCCUAGUAAUUUAAUUUAUAGAAAUGGAUGGUGAAAUUUAAUGUUAUCACUGGAAAGAACAAAGGCAACAAUGUGUUUUCAAGCGUAUCAUAUUCAGUGUGUGCUGUAGGACUGAAAUAAAUGACAGUGUAUCAAUUUCUGCUUUAGAACUGUUCACUUACUAGUAAAGAAAACCACAGUGUUAGUAAGGGAAAACUAAGAAAUGUAUGUUAAAUUCCUAGGGCUGUACAGAGGUAGUGUAUAUGCAUGAAACUAUGUCAUGUUCUCAGAAAUUGUAUUUAUUGCGGUUUCAAUGUAAAGGGUGUGUAUGGUCAUGUAGUGUUUUGUUCUUAUAAAUAGUAACUCCAUAAAGGUGUAUAGGACAGGAUGCUGGAUAAAUAGCACCUGCGACUUGGAUGCCUCCCCAGGGAAAGGGAGAUUCUUCCCAGUUUAUAAAGCUAAAGCAAACGUGACUCGUCAAUGUGCUUCAGAGGCAUCAGGCAGUGGAAGCCGUGCCCCGGUCCUGGGAGUCAAUUCCUCUCCAGCUUUGGAAGUGCCACCCAGGAACCCAGGCUUGUCACCCCCCAAACUAGCUCGCCAAGGCCAUUUUCUCCCGGUGUUGUACGGAAGCAGCUUGCCAUUCCUAAUACGAGCGAGUGACUCAGCGAAGCCUUUUUGAGCACCAAAUGUGGGAGUGACCAUUAUGAUGUUGGCACAUCCUGUUUCUGUUUAUAAAGCACCUUCACAUAUGUUUUCUUCUUCUCAACAGUUCUGUAAAUUAGACAGGAAAUGUAAAUUUUGUCUGACAUACAAGUAUUUACAAGCUGAUCGCCAAAAAGAAUUAAAAAACAGAGCUCGUAGCUAGGCCUUUACGCUCUCAAACCCUAAUUUUCAUUCCUGUGGUGCUACCCAAAGAAGGAACAAGAAACAGUCAGCUCAGUAAGCUUUUUGUUUUUCCUCCCAAAGCUUUGUUACCUAAUUCUCACUAGGAUCCAAAUGCUAGACCAGGAACAACUUCGGUGGCGGUAUCCUCAAAGAGCAGCCAGUGUGCGCCCACUGCACUUGCCCUGACCUGCGGAAUUCAGUAAGGAGCGGCCACUGGGAAGGCCCACCCGGCAGAGGGUGCUCCGUCCCAGGGAAACGUGUGGGCUAGCGGAUGGGACCUCUCUUUCCAAACACAAUGAUACUCAACAGGGAAGGCUACUGAAAAUUCGGAACUAUGUUAAACUUCUCUAUCUCCAAACCUGUUAUUAAAAAUCAUGAUUUUCCCUAGUUCCUAUUCAAGAAUUAAUAUUUAGUAUUGGAAUGGCAUUUAUGGAAGAGCAAUGAGUGAUCAUAGUCAUUUGUUUAAUGCCUGUCGCCUAGGUAGCAUUUGACCCAUAAAUCUUAAUCCAUGGAGUCUUUCCCCAUGCCCUAAAGUUCAUUCAGAACAGACAUUGCCAUUGGAGUUUGGGGCCAAAUCCUACAAAUGAUUAAGCAUAUAUUUAUCAAUUAUAAUCACUUGUGUUUGUCCUCUUAAAGCUCAAAGUUGUAUCUUCCAGUUAGUAUGCAAUUGACUAAGUGAUAUUAACACACAUUUACUCUCCCUAUAAAGCUUACUAGUGUAUGAUCAUGAGCAGAGUCAGUCCUCAGAUACCAUGACCCAGGGAAAAGGAACUUCCCUAUUCCAUAUUAGGAAGACGUUUCUAGCCUAAAUGAUAUAAUUUCCUCUGAACAUUAAAUAUCUGCCACUAUCAAAACAAUGUUUUCAGAAUUCUAUAGUUUAAAAAGCUAUUGACUCUUUAUAGGCAAUAGUAGUUACAUUAGGGAAGUGAUUCCAGAGGGAAAUGAACUGCCUCCAGAUUAGUUAUUGGUAAGUUCUGUGGGCAAAACUCCAGAAAAAAUUGUGGGCUUAUCUGUAUGUAGUCAGUCAGUUUCAGAAUGUAAUGUGCAAAAUCUCGUGAUGUAUGUAUGACAUCUUCACUUUUGCCAGUUUAAAUUGAAAAAUUAAUUUAUAUGUGAUGUCAUAUCCUCUCCAAAGUCACUUUUCAAUCAGAUUCACUAUAUUCAAGACUCCCUUAAAAACUGAUUAUAUGUUUAAAAUAUUUACUUUUCUACUAAGUUGGAGAGGAAAGUCCUAAUGUAAACUCCCAUCAAAAGGAGUUUCGUUUUACACCAACAUCUGAUCAGUAACGGGUUGUGUUUUGCGCAGCACACUGUCCUCGCGUUGGGUGUUCACGUGAGCAAGCCAGCAGUGUCGUAUGUUUACCGUAAUUUUCUUCUGCGUGUAAAGUAAUGCCCCUUGUGAGCCAGGGUGGUGAUUUGGAGAGAUUAGAUUUUGUCACCAUAGAGAUUGACGAGUAUUUCUUGCUAUUAUGGGAACCAUCCUAAGCUGCAUGAAGGGAGUAGAUAUUCUGAUUAAGGCAUGACAUACUGUUUGCGAUCGGGGACAUUAAACAUUGUUUUAAGAAGGACUCGUGAUAGGGGUGAACACAUUAGCUAGAGUAUCUAGAGACAAAGCAUUCGAAUGAGUUCUUUGAGACUUAAUGUUCCUCCCAGUCCACAGAGCUCAUUAAAUUUAAAAUGUGAAAACAGUGUUUUUCAUUCUCCAACAAGAAGCUGUACUUGGUCAGACCAAUAAUAUAGCUUAUAGAAUUUUUUUCUAAUAGUAAGAAAAGGGUAACAUAGUAGCUAAUCACACUCAGAGGAUACUAGUGUGUGCAUAUCAGCCCCUAAAGUAUCUUAUUUAAUUCAUGAGCAUCUAACAUAGGAAUUUUGUAUACUCCUUUUAUUAAUCUUUAAAUGCCUGAAAUAUAUACGGAUGUUUAUGUAACUAGAGAGUUCUAAGUAUUUAUACAGUUUUAAUAAAGCAUCACACACUUCAGACUAUAAUAGGAAAAAUGUCAUAUUCACCUAAAUGUUGGUAUAUGUAAAUUAUGCAUAUAUGUCCAUGAAAAUGGUAGAGUGAGGAACUAUAGGGACUCCCACCAUACAAAUACUAGGAGGGAAAAAAUCCUAGCCAAAACUGUCAGAAUAAAUUGUUGAAAGUGUGGAAAAUAAUUCAAAGUUUACAGCGACCAGGUGAAUGCUUCAGCCACAGAAGGUGACUGACACCCAGUAGUGCAGCCUAAUGGCAUUUUAUCUAACUCCUUUUCCAUCCCCUGCCCCCGGGCAGCAGAGGCUUUGGAAACUGGCAGUCUGUAUCCCUGAUGUGGGUGUGUGGUCCAGAGGGAGCGGGAUGACCUCGCGCCCCUGGAAUCCUGUCUGUCCUGACCUGCCUGGAGAUGCCCAGUGGGACUGAUGUGCGGGGCCUGCCUUUGUCUCACCUGACUCAGGAGGAUGGGAAAGUGGCUGUGCAGAGGGGUGUUUCUCUAAAACACCGAAAGGUAAAUGAAGGGGCACGCUGCUGCCCAGGGCAGAAGGUAGAAGUCGGGACAAACAGGAGACUGAGACCUGGGAGGAAAGCUGUGGAGUGAAAUGCUUUGGGGCGUAAGGGCUUUGGAAAGCUCCCACGUGUUCUAAGGAAUCUAGAAGGACAUGCCCACACCCAGGGCAAGGUGCACGCUCAGAAAGACCUGAGAAGACCCUCAGCUUUUACCGCCUUGCUGACCUUUACACGCAGCGCACACAGGAAGUGAAGGCUGGGGCGAUGGUGUAAACGCCGUGGACAAGUGUUGAAGGAGUGCUCCACACUGAGCCAGUCGGUGAAGACCGGGAGAGUGUUUUCUUUCGUUUUAUUGUUCUUUUUGUAUCCAGGCAUUUAAGGAAAGUUCUGUCAAACCACUGGGUGCCCACUAAACUAAUGCUGUGGGGACUUUAUAGAUUACACAUGACAAAUAAUACAGUUUUCACAAGGAGUCGAAGAGUCACUAAAUGACCACAACCCAUAACAAGCAACAAAAACUAACUCUGGAGAGAGGAGAAUUCAAUUUCCAAAGUUGCCACAAUAUUCAGAAUGGCCAGUUUAAAUAAAAAGGAGCAAUAUACAAAGAGGGAUUCAAAGAAACAAAAUGUCACCCAUUCACAGGAAAGAGAAAUGAACAGAAACUCUUCUUGAGGAAGCAUAGACAGUGGACUUAAUAAACAGCUUGACCAUAUUUAAUAUACUCAAGGAGCUGAAGGAAACCAUAGACAAAGAACUAAAGGAAACAGACAAUUCUCGCCAAAUACAGGGUGUUAAUAAAGAAAUAGGAAUUAUAAAGGAGUCACAUACAAAUUCUGAAGUUGAACAGUACCAUAGAAAUGAAAAUUUCACUAAAGGUACUCAAGAGCAGAAGAGGCAAAAGAAUGAAUCAGAGAACGUGAAGCGAGGUCGAUUGGGCUGGUGUGGUCUGAGGAGAGAACAGAAAAUGAAGAAUGAGCAGAGAGCCUCAGAGACCAGUCGUAUGCCAUAAGCGCACUAACAUGCAGCAAUGGGAUUCCCAGAGUGAAGGAGAGAGAGACAAGGACAGGAAGAAUGUUUGGAGAAAUAAUGUCUGAGUAUUUGAAAAAAGACAUGAAUCUAAUGUGCAAGAAGCUCACAAACUCCAGGUAGUAUAACGUGGAAGAUCUCUACACGGAGGCAAAUUAUAAUGGAACUGGUGAAAGAUAAGGACUUUAAAGCAGCCAGAGAGAAGUCAUUUGACACGUAAACGAGUCCUCAGUGCCAUCAGUAUCUGACUUCAUUAUGCAGGGAGGCUAUUUUAAAGUGCCGAGUAACUGUCAGCCAAGAAUCCUGUAUCUGGCAAGACCAUCCGUAAAAUAUGGAGGAUUGAUUAAGACCCUCCCAAACGAAAGCAUAAGGACAUAGUUGCUAGUAAACCUGCCUACAAUAGAUGCUAAGAAAGUUACUCAGGCCGAAAUGAAAGGGCCCUAGACAAGAACUCAGAGCCACGUGGAGAAAUAAAGAGGAUGACGCCAACGAGAUGGUGGAAUAGGCGUUUCUACCGUCACUCCCCAACAGGAAAAAGCUUCCAGAACAUUAGAAACUAAAAUUCAAAACUGAAUGCAUUGAAGAGGGUAAGAAGAACAGUGUCACUUUGCCUUUGUCACCUCCCUCACUGUGCAGCAUAGUUCAUGGCCGUGAGGAACACCCUAGUCCCACAUUUUCUCCCAGAGGGGAAGGUGAGAGUGAAGUAACAAGUGAGUGUCCGGCUUCCAAAACCGUACAGGACACUGCCAAAGAAGCCCCAUUUUUCUUGCCUCACCCAAAACACUGAAGGGGUCUGUGAGGCUAAGGGGUGGGGAGAGGCCGAAAGCUGAGUGGAUAGAACUUAGGAGUCAGAAAGACACAGAUCUCACUAACGAAGCCACAGACUCCGCGAGCAGGCCUGCUCAUCCGCUGCUGGGACGCCUCACCAGUUUUCCCAGCUGUACUGCAUGCAACCGCCAACGCACCGCAUGCCCCGCUCAUGUGACACCCACCGGCCAGCUGCCUCUUUUUAGAGAGCUGGUGAGCUGGGGACGGAGCUGGCCUGACUACAGCAUUGGAAGGAAGCACACGAUCAUGUGCAUUCCAGGGCAUGGCCCUAGGGAAAGCGAAUGUAGGGCUCCCAGCAGACAGCCUGGCUUUGCUGGACUGAGAGAAGGUGAAAAAUCUCAAUACCACCCUCAAGAGGGAGGGAUAAGUGUGGAGCAGGUGCAUUCACAGAAAAAGUGCGAUAGCCUAAGAACCCUCAACAGGGCUGAGUUAAAGUAUUUCUCCAAGCCACUCAAUAGAGGAUGUAAACAUAGCUUCAGACGCAAAACGGCAACAAGACUCCAUGGGAUACAAAAUAGCAGGAAACAUGAUGUGAAAGAAAACUACUUUCUAAUGGAUUUUAAAUUGCCUGACAAAGAAUCAAAAUAAUUGCUUUAAGGAAAUUCAAAGAGGUACAAAAGAACAGAAAUAGGCAACUCAGUGAAGUCAGGAAAACAAUACAUGGACAGAUAAGAAGUUCAACAGAGAGAAAUAAAGAACUAAACCUAAACUGUGGAGUAGAAGAAUACAAUGAAUGGAUGAAUAAAAGUGGAGUAGAGAGUGUCCACAACAGACUAGAUGAAGAAGAAUCUGAACUCAAAGAUGAAUCUUCUCAAAUUAUGUAGUCAUUAAAAAAAAACAUGAAGAAAGUCUGUGGAUUAUGGAACUAUCAAGGAAAACAAAUUAUGGACAUUUCAGAAGGAGAAAUAGAGGCAGAAAGCUCAUUUAAAGAAAUAAUUACUGAAAAUUUCCCAAAUUUAGAAGCAAUUUGGAUAUCUAAGUUCAUGAAGCUUUUAACUCCUCAGAUUCAACCUGAAGAGGUCUUUAUUCAGAUACAAUAUUACAAAACUCAAAAAUUGAGACAUUUUUGAAGGCAGCAAAUGAAACUCAUACAGGGAACUCCAUAAGGCGAUAAGUAGAUUUCUCAGCAGAAAUCUUGCAAACCAGGAGAGAGGAGGAUGGAAUAGGAAGGGGCCCUGAAGAGUGAGAAUAUUGAAAAAGAGGACCAAAUUUGGAAGGCUCACACAUCCUAAUUUUAAAACUUGCUACAGUUCUACAGUGAAGAAACAUUGGUACUAACAACUACAAGGUAUCCAAUAUAAGUACUGGCAUAAGGAUAAAUACAUAGAUUAAUGGAAGAAAACAUGCAUAAUUCUUCAUGACCUUGGAUUUUGUAAUUGUUUCUUAGAUAUGACACCAGAAACAUAAGCAGCAAAAGAAAAUAAAUUUGACUUCAUUGGGAUUAAAAACUUGUACAUCAAAGGACGUUAUCAAGAGAGGAACGACAUCCCAUAGAGAAGAUACUUGUCAAUCAAACAUGACAAGGACCUAAUGUCCAGAAUAGAACCAGUUGUACAAAUCAUCCACAAAAAGACAAAGUCUUGAUUUAAAAAUGAUUGUAAUGGCUGGAAUUGUAUUCCCACCACCCCCCACCCCCCAAGAAGGUAUGUUAAAGUCCUGAUACCAGCACCUCAGGAUGGCUUAUUUGGAAAUAGAGUUGUUGCCAGUGUGAUUAGUUCAGAUGAGGUCAUGCUGGAAUGAGGUAGGCCCAAAUCCCAUAUGACCUGUGUCCCUUAUACAAAUAUAGCCACACGGGACAGACAGGGAAGAGCCCAUCUGAAGAGAGGAUUGGCAUGAUGUAUCUAUAAUGCAGGCUAUGGAACACCAAAGACUGCCAGAAAAACACCAGCAUCUAGGAAAAGGCAAGGAAGGAUUCCCAUGAAGAUUUCAGAGGGGGCAUGGCCCUGCCAGCACCUUGAUUUUGGACUUCUAGCCUCCAAAACAUUGUGACUGUAUAUUUCUGUCGCAUGUCAUCCUAUCUGUGGUGCUUUGUUAUAGUAGACUGGAAGACGAAUACAGUGGGCACAGGACUUGAGUAGAGACUACAGCAAAGAUACACAAAUGGCCAUCACAUGAAAAGGUGUUCAGCGUCGUUAGUUAUUAGGGAAAUGAUCAUCAAAAUCUCUCUGAGGUACCCCCAGAAGGGCUUCAUGCCCCCAGAAGGGCCAUAAUUUAAAAAGGAAAAUAACAAGUGUUGACCAGGAUGUCGGGGGAAAAGGAACUCUUAGACAAACUGUUUGUGGGAAUAUCAAAUGAAUAAACUGCUUUGAAGACAGUUUCAUUGUUUUUCCUGUCUCAAUGAAUUAAACAUGUAAUUACCAUAUGACCCAGCAAUUCCACUCCUAGGUAAAUAUAUCCCAAAGAACCAAACACAGGUGGUCAAACAAAACAUACGCUUAAAUGUACAUAGCAGUGCCAUUCAUCACCACCAGCAGGUGGGACAACUCAGAUGACCAUCGGCUGAUGAGGGGAGACGUGAAGUACCUUGCUGAUAGAUGUCACAGCACAUGUGAGCCUGGAAAACACUGUGCUCAGUGAAAGGAGCCAGACAAAAAGGCUUCAUAUGGUAGGAUUACAUUUGUAUGAAAUGGCCAAGUAAGGAAAUCCAUAGAGCUAGAAAGCAGAUGAGUGGUUGCCAGAAGCUUCAGUGGAGGAGGAUGAGAAGGGAGGACUUCAUGGGUUUGUGGUGACGAAAAUAUUCUGGAACGAGGUCUUAUUGAUUGUUGUAUAACAUUGUGAAUGCACUUAAUGUUGUUGAAUUACAUUGAAUAAAAUGGUUAAAGUGA